AUGCCCGACUCCAUUCCUCCAUCUUACGCAGCACAACAACAAGGUCCAUCGCUUUCUGCUACCUCGACACUUCCCUCGAGCCCCAUGCCCAAGGCCUCACAAGAUGGCUCCGCAUCAUAUACACCAGGUGUUGGCGAGACGAUACUACGACAGUACGCCGAUCAACUUGAUCCCUUAGACCAUAAAGUAGAGUCGGCCACCGCGCAUGAUCCGACUCCCACGAGCACCGACCUUGCGAGCCCAACAGGCACUGCAGUCUCAAGAUCUUCACAGACCACCUACAAGGCUUCACGGGCUUUCCGGUUGCCCAAGAGUUUUCUCGGGCACAGGCGGCGGUCCACAGACGUCCCGAACAUUCCAACACAGACAAUACUCAAAGCCCUGGUGUCCAAGGCCACAGGUCCGCCUACGGCACCUAUGGCAAUGUCUAUGACAGGGUUCCGAACGGCACUGGACAACAUAGACGAUACGAGCUCAAACGGGUCGACAUCACCAUGUCCAACGACAUUCACGACAGGUCUCAACCUGAACAACAUGUCGAAUUGGUCACCUACCUCGGCGAUGAAGUCACCGUGCUUCUUCCACCAGCGCUUCGAUGGCAUCGUCGACAUCCAGAAAGUCCUCGACGAGAUGAGCGUCGAGGAUGAAUUCUCACACUCUCGUCUGACACAGACCGCCAACGGUGUUCGCGAAGUAUCCAAGCAGCUUCAACGGAGGCCUCUGAAACGUGCUGUCCGUACUAUCAUGAUCGUGACGAAGGCCCGAGACAACUCGCUAGUCCACCUCACACGCGAACUUGCCGAGUGGCUGCUCAGCACGCCACGCUACGGCAAGGAUGCUGGCGUCACCGUCUACGUCGAUGCCAAACUCCGACAAUCCAAGCGCUUCGACGCACCCGGCCUCCUCGCCCGCGACCCUCGCUUCGCACACAUGCUAAAAUACUGGACGCCGGACCUAUGCUGGUCCUCACCCGAAAAAUUCGACCUAGUCCUGACCUUAGGCGGCGACGGAACCGUCCUGUUCACAUCCUGGCUCUUCCAACGAAUCACCGCAUCAUGGGCGACGCAGGGCAUGCGCGUCAACCUGCGCAUGCGCUUCACCUGUACCGUCUGGCGACAGGACACGCAUCCGGGCGCCGAGAAGGGCGCCGUGGAGGAAGGCGAGCAGUUUGAAGUGCUUAAUGAGAUGGUCAUCGAUCGCGGCCCGUCGGCGUAUGUCUCCAAUCUCGAGCUUUACGGGGACGACGAGCUCCUGACCAUCGUCCAAGCAGACGGUUGCAUCUUCUCCACGCCCACGGGAUCAACAGCCUACUCGCUCUCCGCGGGAGGCAGCCUGAUUCAUCCCUCCAUCCCAGCAAUCCUACUCACGCCUAUAUGUCCACACAGCCUCUCCUUCCGGCCCAUGGUCCUCUCCGACACCCUAAGCCUGCGCAUCGCAGUUCCCCAGAAAUCGCGCAGCAGCGCGUAUGCCAGCUUCGACGGCAAGGGGCGCAUCGAGCUCAAGCAGGGCGAUUAUGUAACGCUAGAGGCAAGUCAAUACCCAUUCCCGACCGUGAUGGCUGGUGGGAACGAAUGGGUGGAGAGCGUGCAGCGGGCGUUGAGGUGGAACGUGAGAGGGGCGGAGCAGAAGGGGUGGGACGAGGGGCUGGAUGGAGAGGGUAUGGCUGGGGAGCAGGAGAAGUGGGAUAUUGAUAUUGACAAUGUGGUCGGCGGUGCUGGGGUGGGGGGGACAGAUAGUGGGUUGGGGCAGAGUGAGGAUGGGGAUGGGGUUGGUGUGGCGGCGAGCCCGAGUAUUACGGGGAAGGAGAAGGAAAAGGGGAGGGCGACGUUGUUGACUAUGUGA